AUGUGGUUGAUGCGAAUCUUGCAUUUGUUGGGCACAAUGGCCCUAUUUCCAUUAUUGGGUUACUUUGGAGAAAGUGUUGGUGGGAGUGAACUCAGCUACGCGGAUUUUUACGGCAAUGCCAGUGCCAGAAUGCUUCGAUUCCGCGACUUUGAGCCUCGUCAGCCAAGUGAAAGAAUGGAUAUGGAAUUUAGUUUGGAGGAAAAUGAAAAUCGCGGACUAGAACGCGAGGGACGCGGUUUCCAUUUUCAUGCCAGCGGCGAGGAUGUCAGUGUGGAACUGGAGUUCAUCGUACCGUUCCUCAAAAUACCUGUGAAAAGGAGCAUGAACCUGGCCCGCGAUGCUAUCCAGAAUGUCCUUAACUUACGAACUGGAGCCAUAAUAAACACAGCCGUUGUGGUGGCCGCAGGAGCAGUGAUUGCAGCAGUAGUACGACUACUCAUAGCCCCUCUUGUAAUCACUUCUGUAGGCAAUGGUUAUGGCUACAAAUCUGAUCCAGAAAGAGGCAUGCGCCGGCUGACUGAUGUAGUGGAAUCACAAUUGGAGGAACACAACAUCGACAUGUCUGUUUGUGUGCAGCGGAUGAUCUGCCAGUACCUGCAAAAGAAUCUGUCUUCUGGAUAUGCCAGGGCUCUAAAUGUGUUGACCAGUCCUCCCUGGAUUCACUCUUUUGUUGAUGGAACUGCAGUUUUCCAUGCCAUUCAAUCCUCAAGGAGCAGUCGCAGUUGUACUCACACUUAUCAAAGCUGUCGAUGGCCGAACCACUUUAACAAGAAGUCUGGAGGCUUACCCCAAGUCCUCAAGUUUUUUAAUGGAUAA